AUGGAAUGUCAACAUAUUAAAUUAUGUGAUUUACCCGACGAGCUUCUAUUAAUUAUUUUCAAGAAAUUGAAAAAUGUUGAAAUACUUUAUUCUUUAAUGGAUAUUAGCAAGCGACUCAAUCAAAUUGUAUAUGAUCCGAUAUUCACUAGGGAAAUAACAUUGAUGAAACAAACCACAUCAGUUAAACUCACUUCUCCAUUACCUGAUUUUGUACGUGAUCGAUUUUGUCUAGAAAUAAUACCAAAAAUUCAUGACAAAAUCCAAUGGCUCAAACUUGAAACAUUAUCUAUGGAACGUAUUCUUCUUGCUGUUAAUAAUUAUUUGAAUUUAAGACAAUUAGAUAUAUUUAUUAUGAAUACAGAAACUGACAUGCAAUUAUUUACUAAUACAUCAUCUCUAGUUCACAUUUUUCAAAAUCAAAUUGUGACACUAAAUAUUAACGGAAAAGAAGAUCUACUAGGAGAUCAUUUGGAAAUCAAUCGACAAGCAGAAAUCUUUAUGAAUAUCUUAAUUAUUUGUAAUAAACUUCGUCAUUUCAAAUUUUAUACAUCAGUACCUAUUGAAUUACAUAUAGUUGUCUACCGUUUUGAUGAAUGUCUUUUUCUACUCGACGGUCGUUUCAAUCAAUUACGUAUAUUAUUUGUGAAGACAUUUCAUAUUCUUCCUCUUCAAAGAUCGAUUAUCAACAAGGAAAGACUACCAAAUUUGAAACAUGUUUCCUUGACAUGCGAGAGUUUAAUAUGUGCUUAUGAUGAAGUUAUUGUGCCACAUUUACAACGAAUGAUUAAUCUGGAAAAAUUGGCUUUAUAUUUUGUGGCUGAUUACGACGAUUUAUUUAUAGAUGGGAAUAAUUUGCAGAAGAAUAUUAUAAGUCAUAUGCCUCGUUUGAAUCAGUUUAUAUUUAAUAUUCGAUCAAUGAUUAACUAUGAAAAUCUAAAUUAUUUUCCAUCAAAUGAAGAUAUUCAUCGUACAUUUAUAAAUUUCAAAGACAAUCAAGUUACUUCUUGUGUUGAUUAUUUUCCAAAAUCAAAAUAUGGUCAAUGUCAUAUUUACUCAUAUCCAUUUACAUUAACAUAUUAUGAAAAUCUAACUAAUAAUUGUCCAGAUGGAUUAUUUAAUACUGUUCAACAAAUCGAAUUAUUUGACGAACGUCUUUUUGAACAUGAAUUUUUUAUUAAAAUUUCUCAAUCAUUUCCUUUUCUUAAAGAAUUAACUAUAAUUAAUUCCGAGCAACAAAAGUCCAAUAAUGAAAAUCGAAAAUAUUCAAUUAUUAAUUAUUAUCAUCUAACUAAACUUCAUCUUGUGCAUGUUCAUGAUGAUUAUGCUGAACAAUUUUUACUUGAUACAAAAACCUAUCUAUCAAAUUAUAUUCAAUUGUCAAUUCAUUAUGAUCAAUUACAACGUGUAACAGAAUAUUUCACAAGAAAUACAACACGAUAUAAUUGUUCAAAAGUAAAACAACUUUAUCUUUAUGGUUUAUCGCAAUUACCUAAACAAUAUAAUACUUACUUUCCUUAUCUUAAAUAA